CAUACUUUUAGUGUUGCUAUAGGUAGUUGUAGGACAAUCCAGUUUGCAUGCUUGCGCUUCGUUGUCGUUAAUGAUAGCAAAGUAUAGGGGGACCUGCCCUACUGUCCAAAAGCCUCUGCGUAGCCAUCCAUGCAGAGGUCGUGCCUUCUAAUGUCUACCCUAUAAUGCCUAGUUUCAUAAGGAGUACACUUAGCUGGGGACUCAGGCUGCCGUCGUGAACUUGUUAGUCCCGUGCACCAGAACAAUGCUGGCUUCAGCGGGAAAGCACACCGCUACGGCUCGUCAUCGGUAUCCACCAUGUCUGUCUCAUGCAUUUAGUACUGGGCAUACAUCAAUAGCUUCUGGCGCGCGCGCCGCGAGCUCAGCUGGCGUACCGCGGCGACAUGGCUUGACAUCCAAGGCAUGGCCGCAGCUGGUGCGGUACCGCCAAGGCGAAGAAGUGCAAGCAACAGUCCACAGCGUCAAACCUUCCAUUGCUAGCAACAGCGCAACGGCGCAGCCACCCUCGGCACGCUCCCAGCUGAAGGUCAUCGGUCUGGGACUCAGGGGCAUUAGCGCGGUCAACCGGCUGAUAGGUUCUGGCACUUUGCAGGAAGCCGAGUUCUGGGCCCUUGACUCUGACAAACGGGUGCUCUCCAGCGCCGACCCCACCGCACACGUCUUGGAGGUGGGCCCCGGGGAUGACGCCAGCCUGGGUCCCGCCGACCUGGCGGCGCUGUCCGGCAGCAGCCCAGCGGCGCCAGCAGCAGCUGCGGCUGCUCCUCCGCAGCACCCGCAGGGCUCCGAGGUGCCGGACGGCCAGGCGGGCGCGGUGUUUGUGCUGGGCUCCGCGUUCGGCAGCCCGGGUGGCGCACCCAUGCUGCUGCAGCUGGUGCGCUACCUGCGGCGGCAGGGCUACUUUGUGGCGGCCGCGCUGACGCGGCCCUUUGACUUCGAGGGCGCCCGGCGGCUGGAGGCGGCGGACACCCUGAUCAGCACGCUGGAGGAGGUGGCGCACCUGGUGGUGGUCAUCUCCCAGGGCGUGCUGACGCGCGCCAGUGCGGAGCUGACCAUGGCCCAGGCGCAGGCCAUUGCGGACAACACGCUGGUAUACACCGUGCAGUCAACACUGUGGGCGUUACGGGCCCCCGAGGUGCUCAAGGUGUCGCACGGUGUCUUCCUGUGGCACGGUCGCGACCUGCGUAACAUCAAGCGGCCGCUGUUCCCGCCCAUGAUGAACCUGCUGUCCUGUCCGGGUCACGCAACGCUGGGCCGGGGCCAAGCUGCACUGCCACUGCCGCUGCUGCAGCAGGCGGGCCUAGCGAGCGCUCUGACCACGCUGGCUGAGGACGCGGUGAAGGCUGCCUCUGAGUCGCCCUUCCUGGACAACAAGCUGGAGGGCGCCACGGGGGUGCUGUGCGUGCUGCGUGUGCCGCCGUCAGCCCUGGGCGUGUCGAUCCGUGCGGGCGGCAAGUACGCCAGCGGCGGAGCGGCGCAUGGAGGGCCGAUUGUGGCGGAUAACCACAAGGAGUAUGCCCUGCGUUCUGCGGUUCAGGUUGCCGCCAUGACGGUGAAGGAGCUGGUGGGGCCGCACUGCCAUGACAUCAUAGUGUGUCCGCAGCUCUGUCACGACCUGGAGGCACCGCAGCAGCAGCAGGAGGCGGCAGGGGGGGCGGCCGAUGGCUCUGGGGGCUUUGGAGGCACAGUGGCAGCGGACCGGGCGCCGGGGAGGUGGCAGUCGCAGCAGCAGCAGGUUGAGGAGACGCCGAUCGUGCGUGUGGAGGUAUCGCUACUGGUGCUGGAAGCGAUUGAGGAGGCGGCUGAGGCCAGGGCCAUUGCUGGGCACAAGUCACCCUUGGACAACAACAACAACAGCAGCACCGGGGCAGCUGCUGCCGCUUCCUCCAAUGCCUCCGCAGCAUCUUCCGCGCCGCCAACGCCCACCGCCGCAACCGCUCGCGACCGCAUGGCCUCGGUCAUCGGCACACGCUCGCAUCCCCCAGUAACCCGCUUGCCUAACAGCUUUGGUGCCACCACAACAGCCAACGGCGGUGCCGCCAACCGAAGGCAACCGGUCCAACAACCACCACUGCGUCCGACAACGAGCGGCGCUUCUGCCGCUGCUCCUGCUGGUACUUCUACUGCUUCCGGAAGCGGUUACGGAAACAACAGGAGCUACAAUAACAACAACAGCAGCCAGCUUGGACGAACACCACCUUCCUCCACCUCAUCCGCUGCCUCCUCAUCCACGCCCACUUCCUCGGUCCAUCCAUCGGCCAUGGGGACUAGCCAUCAGCAGCAACACCUGCCCUACGCAAGGCAGUCCGCACCCAACGCAAGCCACUCUCCUUCAGUCUCUUCCUCAGUACCAGCAGCAGCACCCGCAGCAGGGUCUGCAGGAGCAGCAGCAGGGUCAGGGGCGGACAGCAACAGCGCCUCUGCACGCAAGCAGGCGCGCCUGGCCGCCAUGUCUGCCAUGUCAGCAUUGGCAGGCGGCACUGGGGGGCCCGGCAUACACGGCGGCGUGCAUGGGGGAGCAGUGGGGGGAGCAGGAGCAGGAGGAGGCUAUGCAAACGGCAGUGCGGGCGCUGGGGUCGGCAGCACGUGGGGAAGGCCGGCGGGUAACAACAAUAGCAGCGGCGGCGCUUGGAAUGCUGCAGGCAACACGGCGCGGGGUUACCCGCAGCAGCAACAACAACAACAACCGCAACUGCAGGCUGGAUCCGCGUCAUCGAGGAGGGAGGGGGGUGCGGGAAUGGGGCCACAACAGAUUCCGCGCAUGUCUGAGAACUUGGUCACCUCGCUGGUGGCCCAGUCGCUGGACCUGCCGCCCCAGGCCGCCCGCUGGCGCCACCAGCACCGCGCCCCGCCUAGCGCCCGCGGCACCCGGCCGCCUGUGUUCCAGCUACCCAAGGUAGAUGCGGACCUCCAUGAUGCGGACGAUGGCUGGGCAGACGGCAGCCAGGCUGAGGGUGAGACAUUGGGUCGCGGGCUGCAUCAGUUCAUCAUGGGCAUGCGGCUGCCGGUGCUGGGCUCUGCGGACGGCAACGGCUCCGGAGCAGGCGGAGGGCCGGCAGCUGUGCGCAAUCGCGUGGCAGGCAUGCUUGACAGGGAGCGGGAAGAUCCGUAACGAGGAGAGAGCGGGUGGGCGUGCGCGUGGGUUUCGGAGGAGAGGGAGGCGGGUUGGUUAGUGUGGGAGGCGUUGAGAGCAGGCAUGUAUGUGAUCAUUGUUGAAGGCAGAGAGGAAGUACGUGCUGUGAGCUUCGGUCGUGUUCGGGAGUGUGCAAAGUCGCCCUUCGGUUGAUACCCGGUGCUCAUGCGAACCCUACUUGGCCCGAUGGAGUUGUACAUUGCUGAAGAGAAGCUAUGUUCGUGUGGUUUCAAAUCUACAUAUACCUGCAAUAAGCACACAGUAGAUUCCUGAAUUUCGCCAGUUUGUAUUGGACGUUCACCACCAACUGCCGUGGAGAAGCCGAGUUCGUUUCAUAAAAUCGGAUUCACGUCCGGCAUCAUUUGUAACGUUUUAUUGUACAUACCGGUUUUGUUUGAGCUAGCUGCGCAAGGGCGCGUGCGGUUGCAAAAUGUCAUUGGAGUCGCUAACUCUCGACGAUGAGCGCUUUGUCGACCUGCUGGGAAAGCUCAUCGGAGAAGCAAAACACUUGCAGAACAAUCCUCCCGAGGCGGUGCCCAAGGAAGACAGAGCUGCUCGACAUGUCCUGGAUGUCCUGCUACCGCUAAGCGAGGAGGAGGGCGGCCCCUUGCGCAUCAGGCACAUUUCCUAUGUGGAGGGCCGUGGGAACAUUAUUGUGGAGUACCCCGGGGAGCCGGACGGCGGGGUCAUGUCCUUCGUGGGCUGCCACAUGGACGUGGUGACUGCUAACCCCGAGACCUGGUCCUUCGACCCCUUCUCCCUCACCCGGGAGGGGGACCAGCUGAGGGGCCGGGGCACCACCGACUGCCUGGGACACGUGGCCCUGCUCACAGAGUUCUUCAGGCAGUUGGCAGUGGCCCGGCCGCGCCUCAAGCGCACCAUUGUAGGGGUGUACAUUGCCAACGAGGAGAACAGCAAGAUCCUGGGUAUCGGUAUUGACGAGCUGGUUGCGCGGCACCUGCUGGACCACCUGAAGCCGGGGCCGCUGUACUGGGUGGACGUGGCGGAUUCGCAGCCCUGCAUCGGCACGGGCGGCAUCGUGGCAUGGUCGCUCAAGGCGUACGGCAAGAUGUUCCACAGCGGCCUGCCUCACAAGUCCAUCAACCCCAUCGAGCUAGCCAUGUCAGCCCUGCAGUACAUGCAGGACCGCUUCUAUGCUGACUUCCCACCCCACUCCGAAGAGGCCAGGUACGGCUUUGCGACGCCCUCCACCAUGAAGCCAACGCAGUGGUACUACCCGGGCGGAUCCAUUAACCAGAUCCCGGGUGAGGCGACUGUGUGCGGGGACUGCCGCAUCACGCCUUUUUACGAUGUGCAGGAGGUGAUGUCCAAACUGCGCUCCUACGUGGAUGAGCUCAACUGCGCAGCCGGGGGGACGCUGGAGGGACUGCCCACACGAGGACCCUGCUCCAAGUUCACGCUGCCGGAGGAGGGGCUGCGGGGCCGACUGGAGCUCAGCUUCUUCGACUCUCACUCCAAGGGCAUUGCAUGCAACCUGGAUAGCGAGGGUUUUCACGCCAUGACGGCCGCCUUUACCAAGGUGUACGGCAUCUGCAAGCCGUACGCCAUCACAGGCAGCCUGCCGUGCAUUCGGGAGCUGCAGGAGGAGGGAUACGAUGUUCAAUGCAUCGGCUUUGGGCGCAUGGCGACCUACCACGCAAUCAACGAGUACGCGCUGCUGUCGGACUUCCGCAAUGGCUUCGAGGUGAUGCGCGAGCUCGUGCUGCACUUCAAUGGCAACGGCAAGCAGUGACAGCAGCCGCGGUUUGCAGUAUCUGUACGGCUUGUAGUCCGUAAAGACAUCCAAGCUACACAUUACGUAAGAGAGUUUGGGAGUUGUAUUGCUUUCUUAACAAGGGCAGCAGAAGCAGAAGCAGCAGUAGUCAGUUGCAGUAGCCGAUAGUUGCAGUAGCAAACUAGGAAUGGGGACGAGCGUUCUACACGUUACAGCGCAGUUGAGCGGUUGGCAGUAGCAGCACACAAGUUCUGCUGAUGGCUUGUGGACGGCAUCUCAGAAUCGCCAAUCAGCAAACUGCGUGACGUGGCAUGUUUGUGGGGGAUACCGGUAUUCCAUUGAAGGACCCUUCGCGUUGUUAGCUUGAGAUUGCUCUCGUUGCUAAGUAGCUCGUUGCGCAGCGGUUGGUCGCCAGGGACGGUCGCGCUCCCCGAGGAUUAAGCUGGUUCCAAGGUGCCAGUGGUUGGGUGUGGGCGUACGGAGGUUGCUUAGUUGCCAAAUGCGUCGCGCAUAGGGCCCUCCAAUCAUAGGGUUGUGCGUCGCACCUUAGUAGUUACUGACUCCCCUGUAAUAGUAACCGCAUUAUCCAAGUCAAUCUCCUUUCCUAUGAUAGCUGUUAGCUGAGAUGGUAUGUGUGCUGCAUGUGUCGAUGUGUGGUAUGCGUGUGCUGCAGUGCCGUUCCAUGUCCAGCGCUACUUGCUUAGGCCAGGGACAUGGGGUUCAGUCGGGUUGGGGCGCUAGCUGUACGGGUCGGCCACAGGUGCGGUGAUCCUUGUCUACCGGGUGUUAUGGUUACCCUGGAGGGCCGGGUUCAGAGCGUGCGCAUAUGCAUGUGAAGGCCCCCCAGGGAGGCAAUGUGUGGGCGCAGACGAUGCAGUGGGAUGUGUUGUCGUCGGGAGCUGGGCGCUAAUACGCGGCGUUCAUCCCCUGUGCGAUGGCGCAACCCGAUCUCCGACCACGCAAUAUGGCAACGUGAC